AUGCCGCCGAACCUGAGAUCUGUCGUUUCGCAGGGAUGGAGAUCGAUCGGGUCUCGCCGCAAUUUCUCUUCAUCGCCUGGCAGCAAAAGCGGAGACGGUUUUACCAUGUAUGAGGCCAUCAAGUCGAGUGUGUACCCUUCUUUCACGACUUUUAGACUUGGGACAUGGUCCUUGUAUGGAUAUGCACUUUACGGUGAAGCGUACCAGCUCUUGACAAUGAUCCCAGAGCUGGAGAGACUAGGUGAUCUUAUUCAUAAACAGAGAAUGAUGAUGAUAAGUUCUAAACCAGUGAAUAGAACUUCUAAACCAGAGGAGAAGUCUGUGUGA